UGUUCCAGAGAAGAGUUCAUGUGUGACGGUGGUCGUUGUUUGCUACCCGUUUCCGUGUGUGACGGCCAGCCAAACUGUCAGGACAGGUCAGAUGAAGCCAACUGCAGCCAGAAACACAAGGACUGUGGAGGAAAAAUAACAGGAGAGUAUGGAUCGUUGUCCAGUCCAAACCAUCCAAAGCCUUACCCACAUCAACAGUUGUGUACGUGGCAAAUCUCUGUGGAAGAUGGGCAAGUGAUUAGACUGAGUUUUCAGAACUUCAGUCUGGAAACACAGGAUGUGUGUGAGUUUGACUUUGUGGAGGUUUAUGAUGGCGCAGACGCAGAUGCAAACACUGUGCUGGGCAG